UGUGAGUUUGUGGUCUGUGUUGCUCUCUAGCGUCCACAGAUAAAAACUCCACAUGUCUGGUCGGGCGGAAGUUGCGUCACGGAAGCAGCACCCGGAUGUAGCUGACGUCACUAACACAUUUGUUGUAAACAUGGCGUCCGUGACAACAGCCACCUCUGAGUGGAUCCAGUUUUUUAAGGAUGCUGGGAUCCCAGCCGGCCUCGCAGUCACUUAUGCAGUCUCCUUCGUGGACAACAGAAUUCACAAGAACAUGCUGAUGGACCUCAGUAAAGAUAUCAUGAUGGACCUCGGCAUUACAGUCAUUGGCGACAUCAUUGCCAUUCUUAAACAUGCCAAGCAGGUCUACAGACAGGACAUGUGCAAAAUGGCCACGGAAGCCAUCUCCUCAGGACAGACCAGCGUUAAAGCUGAGCUUAGAAGAACUGCCAAUACUCCUGCCACUCGUAUGAUUGCCAACGCUUUGAGCAGCGAUUCCCCGCCGGCCACUCCAGCCCGUCGACCUGACAACCGCCUCUCGGUCACAGUGUCCAACAUGCAAGCAAAGAGUGGCAAAGCAGUCGUGAGUCAGCCAGCUGACGAGGGGAACGGUUUGCCAGCAGUGAAGCGCCGACGUGUGACAGCUGAGAUGGAAGGCAAGUACAUCGUCAACAUGCCCAAAGGCUCCACGCCUCGUACACGCCGCAUCCUGGCCCAGCAGGCCAAGAAAGGUUUGAAACGCACCUCUGUGUUUGCAAGACUUGGGGCUGAAUCGAAGGCAGACACGACAACAAGCAAUAACAAGCCCACCGGUGUGUUCAGUCGUCUUGGCAGAGGGGAUGAAGAGGAAGACGGGCCGAGGCCAGCUAAGAUGGCUGGAAUCAUUGAUGUAGAUGACGAGGACGACAGCGACGGAGAAGGCUCCGUCCUCCAGUACGCUGGCGUCCUCAAGAGACUUCCUCCCCCCCAGAAGAAAGAGCCGGCCACAAAACCGGCCCCGACCACCCUGCGGCGCCUGGGAGGCAGAUUCAAACUACCUCCCUCUGACACUCCAACCUCCUCUUCCUCCCCUAAUGGCCUCCCCCCUGCCAAAGUUAGUGUGCUUAAGAGACUGGGCAAGCUCCCCGCCACACACCCGAGUGCCACCGUGUCGCCCACACCCGCUGACACACAGGACAACAGGGUGACCAGCACCAGGCCCAAAGCCCAGGAGGGAAUCACCAUAGCAAGCCCCAAGGUCAGCAGCAGCACCGGAGCUGGGGGAGGAGGAGGAGGAGUAGGAGUAGGAGAAGGAGAGUCUCUGGGUGCCCAGAUGGACAUUAUGGCUAUCAGUGUUUUUAAGAGACUGGGCAACAAGAGAACCUAACACACAAAUCCCUAAAAUGUUUCAGACUCUUUCUAUACGUCCUUUAUAGAAUUUGUAUCGCCCUCUUUUCUGCAUUCAUCCUGGCGACCUGCAGGAUGCAGAUUGGAGUGUUUUUUUUGCGUGUAUGGAUGGUUUUAAUGCUGCUUUCAUCGCUUUAGAGUUACUCUUAGAUAAAAAUAGAUAUUUUUUUUUUACAGUUUAGUCAUGCUGCCAUUGGAAAACCACCUUUGUUUAGUGUCCAAGCUUUUAAUUUGAGGACUCCGAGUUCUCUUUGUAUUAUGUUGCUCAACCUGAAACCAUAUCUGCCAUUUAUGACUUUAAAAGAUAUAUAUUUAACUAUAUUUGUGAGCUUAAGGCAUGAGCAUGAUGUAAACCAAGCCGCCAUAAUGGUGGUUUUAAUUUGACCCCCCGUAACUCCACAUAUAAGGAUGCUGCUGCCUAAACUUCCCUUUUUUUUGAGAAUCCUCCAGUAUGAUACAGUUGAGUAGCUGAAAAUAUUCCUCUAAGGUGAUUUGUGUGGUCGUUUUGUUGCCUGAAAAUGGAUUAUUUCUGAUGUAAAAGGUACAGAUAGAUGGAUUUUUUUCACACAGGACAGCAGUCAGACGUAAGACUAUAUAGCCGUGAGGUGAUGGUUUAAUCUUUCUACUUCUAGUUACCUUCACCGCCUCAAAAUUACCUCCUCUAACAUGUUUGGAAAGAAGAAAAAGUGAGUGAUAAAGUAAAUUCAGAUGGUUACACAGAAUGACCUCUCUGAACACUUGAAUAAAAAAAAAAACCUCACCUCCUCCUCCUCUUCUUCUUCUUCUGCGCUUUUGUGGAGUAGAAGUUCUCACCUCUGAGCUACGCCCAUGUCAACCUUUCUACCAUAUUACCAAACGUUUUCUAUAACCACCUACUUGAAAGCCGGGUCAGUAGAAUAUUGUUUAUUUUGAAAUGCAAUGUAUAGAUUUGUUAGACUUGGUUUCACACAGCACAGAGCCAGUUCUGCUGCAUAUUUUUCUAUGUGGACAUUCUUGUAUGAUGUAUCCAUGUAAAGAACCUCAGAGAUGCCAUCAGUUCCUGGUGUCCAGGGGGCCACUGGAGGUCUCAGUAGGUAGUUCACCUUGUCUGGGUCAUUAACACCCGUGUAAUAUGUCGGUCUUUCUUCACACCAGAGCUUUGUUACACUGUAAAUAUUUGAAAUGUUUAAAAUAGCGUUAAGGAAUUUUUAUCGUUUUAAAGAACAAGGUAGAGCAAAACACGUCAUGAACCGUAAUGAUUUUUUGAAAAAGAUAUUGAGGAAAAAAAGUUCUGAAUUUGGACAAAAUGUGCUUGGAAAAUAAUUAAAAGAGAAAAAGGGUCCAAAAAUA